CCUAGAAAUAGUCUCUAAUUUGUCAUAUUUUGUGAAUAUAAUUAAUACACGUUAUAUUUUAACUGUUUUAUCUCGCUAUUUUCAAUCAAGCGCUGCUCAAGACGCGUGUUGACUGUCUUGUCACGUGCUGUUCCUAGAGAAAAACAGCGCUGGAUCUUCAACGCCACGAAAAUCUAUACAUCUCACAACAACUACAGUGCGGUCAUAAACACCAACUCCAAUGUGCAUCCAGCGUGUUUUGCUCGUGCAAAUCCGAGACCAGUACAUGGCUUUACAAAGAUCUUGGCGUAGCUGAGAAUGGUCUGAGGUGAUUUGUGUGGGACACAGGCAUCACGACCGUGCAUCCCUGCGGAGAAUCGCUCUAGAGCUUUCAUCUGGAUGUGAGGACCGGUCUAGUUAUCCGUCUCUCACCUCCUCUGCAUUUUUCCUAUUUUUUUUGUUUGUUUUGUUUUUUUUCUCGGAGGGGAUCAUGGGGGGAGCAGUCAGUGCUGGCGAGGACAAUGACGAUUUGAUAGACAACCUGAAGGAUGCGCAGUACAUCCGCACAGACCGCGUGGAGCAGGCCUUUAGGGCCAUAGACCGUGGAGAUUAUUACCUGGACGGCUACAGAGAAAAUGCCUACAAGGAUCUGGCCUGGAAGCAUGGGAAUAUACACCUGUCAGCGCCUUGUAUCUACUCUGAAGUGAUGGAAGCCCUGAAACUCCAGCAGGGUUUGUCUUUCCUGAACCUCGGCAGCGGCACGGGAUACCUGAGCACCAUGGUGGGCCUGAUCAUAGGUCCGUUUGGAGUAAAUCAUGGCGUUGAGCUUCACAAGGAUGUGGUGGAAUAUGCAAAAGAAAGACGCGAUGACUUCAUUAAAAACAGCGACAGCUUUGACAGGUUUGAGUUCUGUGAACCACACUUUGUGGUGGGGAAUUGUCUGGAGAUUUCCUCAGACAGUCACCAGUACGACCGCAUCUACUGCGGCGCUGGAGUUCAGAAGGACCACGAGAACUACAUGAAGAUCCUGCUGAAAGUCGGAGGAAUUUUGGUCAUGCCGAUAGAGGAUCAGCUGACUCAGAUCAUCAGAACCGGUCAGAGCUCCUGGGAGAGUAAGAAUAUCCUGGCCGUGUCAUUUGCUCCUCUUGUUCCGCAGAGCAGGACAGACGGCUGCAAGCCUGAAGCUGUGGUGCUCCCGCCGCUGUCCGUGAGGAGUCUUCAGGACCUGGCGCGAAUCUAUAUCCGCCGUACCCUCCGCAACCUGACCAACGAGGAGCAACCGGCCAACAACAACACGCAGCGAUCGUCCCAGAAGCGCAAACGCAGACGCUGUCGCCGCCGCCGCCGCCGCAUCAACACCUACGUGUUCGUGGGCAACCAGCUGAUUCCUCAACCCAUGGACAGCGAGGAGGACGAAUGCAUCGAGGAGGAGAGCAAAGAGGAGGAGCAGGAGAAAGACACUGAGCCCGUCAAACCUGAGGAGCCACGGGUCAACCAUCUGAGAGACAAAAUCCUGAGUCUGCCGCUGCCCGAGUCGCUGAAGGCGUACCUGCUGUUCUACCGCGAGAAAUAACACACACACCGGCCCGUAGAAGCAUUCAUCAGCGGAGGUGGUUUCGGCUUUCCUUCUCAGACUACUCAAUUUCAGCGUUUUUUGGGAUAAUGUAGCAUAAUUGAAAGAUUGAAACAGGGUU